AUGUCUGACUUUGACGAUAAACUGAGCCAACUUUUAGUCAUUUUCAAAGAUGCUAAUAAAACAAGUUUGCAUGAUGCUCUAAAACGCGCGAAGGGUGACUUGGAAAGUGCGGUGAAUAUCUAUUUAGAUCAAGAAAGACGCAAACGACCCCUAAAACAGCCAAAACUAGAAUAUUUUUUUAAUGACGUGUCUAAAAAGAUCAAAUUAAAUGAUUCUGAUAUUCAUUCAAUAAGCGAAGAAACGAAAAAAAUUGUGCAAGUUAGCAAAAUUCCAGCAGAAAUUACUGUAAAUCAACAAACUUCAGUUAACCUUAAUGAUGCGUUAAAGUGGCCACCGUCUUUGACAAAUUCACGCAGUUUUAAAAAAUCUCCGCGUAGAAUUAUUCAACCUGCAUUACAAUUAUUUAGACCACAAGAUAUUAGUGAAAAAACACCAUGUACACUUAUUCACGAUGUACUACCAAAGGAAUUGGCGAAUUCUUUAUUAAAAGUUAUGCUUAAAGAGUCUGAGACAUGGCAUCGAAAUCAAUGGUGGUUAUUUGAACGACUGGUUACUUCACCACGCACAUCAUCCUUUUACAUUUCGAACGAAGUCAAGAACAUUUAUGAUGGAGAUGUUUAUUAUAACGGUGAAAAGACGGUGAACACGCGACGGUUUUUACCAGAAAUGGAAGAGGCGAGGAAGAUCAUAACGAACAUUGUUAACGAGAAACGCAAGAGCAGGGUGAUGUAA